AUGGAUGCACUAAUGACUAAUGGAUACAUUCUGGAUAAGAGCUUUGAGGAGGACCUGUCGUCAACCAGGUCGUCAACCAGUCGCCUGUCAAUCAAGUCUCCACUGAGGGGAGUCAGGAAGCUGAAGAACAUGCAGUGUAAAAUCACCCUUCUAGAUGGCUCCGACUACACCAUGACGGUGGACAAACGAGCCAGAGGCCAGCUGCUGUUUGCCAAGGUGUGUGACCAUCUGAACCUGCUGGAGACGGACUACUUUGGCAUCACGUACCGCGACGUGGAGAACCAGAAGAACUGGCUUGACCCGAACAAGGAACUGAAGAAGCAGAUAAGGAGUGGCCCCUGGAACUUUGGCUUCAACGUCAAGUUCUACCCCCCAGACCCUGCCCAGCUGUCUGAAGACAUCACCAGGUACUACCUGUGUCUCCAGCUGCGUGAUGACAUGGUGUCUGGUCGUCUCCCCUGUUCCUUCACCACCCACACCAUACUGGGCUCCUACACGGUUCAGUCAGAGCUGGGGGACUACGACCCCGAGGAGACGGAGUACAACAGUGAGCUCCGCUUCGCUCCGAACCACACCAAGGAACUAGAAGAUAAGGUCAUGGACCUACACAAGAACUACAAAGGGAUGACCCCAGCUGAAGCAGAGUUACACUUUCUGGAGAAUGCCAAGAAACUGUCCAUGUAUGGAGUAGACCUGCAUCACGCCAAGGACUCUGAAGGCGUAGAGAUCAUGCGAGUGUGCUCCAGUGGUCUGCUCAUCUACAGAGACAGACUGAGAAUCAACAGGUUUGCCUGGCCCAAGGUCCUCAAGAUCUCUGUGGCCCAAGAGAAACAACUUCUCUGUGGCCCAUCAAGAUACGCCCGGGAGUUUGAGCAGUUCGAGAGCACGAUUGGCUUCAAGCUCCCUAACCACCGUGCAGCCAAGAGGCUGUGGAAGACCUGUGUCGAGCACCACACGUUCUUCAGGUUGGUGUCUCCAGAGGCCCCCCCGAAGAAGUUCCUAGGUCUUGGUUCUAAGUUCCGCUACAGCGGUAGAACCCAGGCUCAGACCCGGAGAGUCUCCUCUCAGAUCAUCAGGGCCGCGCCCAUCUUCGAACGCUCCUCCUCCAAACGCUACACCAUGUCACGCAGCCUGGACGGAGCGCCCGUAACAGAGAACCACGACACCCUGAUGAGGGAAGCCACGCCUGCCAAAACUGUCGCCCCUGGAGACCUGAUCACCACGGUAACGCCGGAGAAGAAGGCGGAGGAGGAGAAGGCCGAGGAAGAGGAGGGACAGACCGACGCUACAGAGACGUCAGAUCCUAAUGUGCCCUCAACCCCCCUCAGACACGACAACAAGCGCUCCCCGUGCCUGUACUCCCGUGACCCCCUCCGCUCGGAGCUCUCCCUCCCUUCCUCCCCCGUGGCCUCCACUAAGGUCCGUCGGCGGCGCAGGGAGAACGCGUCCCGUAAACGCUGUGCGUCCGUCAGCCCGGUUAAAUCCUCUGAGGGGUGCCGUAGGCGCCAGGCCAAAGCGGACCGCGCCGCCGCCCUCCUAGAGGAGCAGGUGUUACUCCUGUCGGCCCGGAAACAGCGUCUAGAACAGCUGAAGGCCCACGGGAGGCGGGGCGGCACUCUGUUCUCCUUCUCCCUGCACCUCCCCGACCUCUCCUCUUACCUAGACGAGGAUGGUUACCUCACCUUCCCCGACAUCACGGAGCUCACCUUCCUCCCUGAGAGCGUGCAGCACUUCCGUCCGUUCAGGUCCCCCUCCCUCAUCCCCUGCUUCCUCUUCAUCUUCUUCUUCCUCUUGUCCACGUCGUUCUCGGUGCCCUACGCCCUCACGCUGUCCUUCCCGCUGGCGCUGUGUCUGUGCUACCUGGAGCCCAAGGCGGCUUCUCUCACCGCAUCCAUCGCUCAGGGCCUGCAUCAACAUGACAGUUGUUCAGAGGAAGAGGAAGAGGAAGAUGAAGAGACGGACAGCGAGCAAACUGACUUUGCCUUUGACGGGGAAACUACGGCCACUGAGUCGGAGCCGGAAGAUGAUCAUUCUGAGAUGAGGACACAGUAUAGGUUCAUAAGGCAAAUUAAAGGAGAGAACGUUUUUAUCAAGCACAGUAAUCUCAUGUUAGAGAACACAGAGGCGUCGGAGGAGCUGGUGAAACGUCAGAGAGACGUCAGUGAACUGAAGCGCUCCUUCCUGGAGACGUCAGGUGGCGCUGAAUCCCUGGGACUGACGGAGUGGGAGAAGAGACUGUCCUCGUCUCCUCCGGCGCGCUCCCACAGCGAGGGAGUGGAGGAGGCACCCAUGAUAGAGCCACUAAACACCCCACAGGACUCAGAGACAGAGGAAGUUCCUGCUGCUGAGGAAGAAAUGAAGCAGGAGGUACAAGCCAAUGGCAUUGAGGCUGCAGGCAUGGUGAACUCUAGUGAUGUGGGGGCGGGGACUGCAGGAGCACAGGGGUGUGGUCUGAUGACUGUAACUGACACCUUAGAAGACGUCACCAGUGACUGGACGGACAGAGAGGAAGAGAAGUUCCUAGUAUCUCCAGAGCUGAAGAUAAGUCCAGGGACAGUCAGACAGGAAGUCUCGACAGCCAUCUUGGACAAGAGAGGAACACUCAUCAUCCUGAGGGAGAUGGAGUCUGAAGACAAAAUGGACGCCGGCAGAGACGUUACCAAGACCAACCAGGAGAAAGGAGGCGGGACUUCAGCAAGCGUUAAGGAAGGUGAAGAUGACGAGCUAGAUGGAGAUCCUCUCACCAGAUCUAAGGAGAAAUAUGCCAUAAUCGACACGAAUGAAGAUGAGACCGGUGGUGAGGUAGAUGCUGAGGCCAUGUCUAAGGAGACCAGCAACAAGAGGGAGAGAUCUCUCAACUUAAGCCAGACUGAAACUGAUGAAGAAAUGAGUGCCGUUAACUCACUGCAGAAGACUGAGGCUCAGUCUGAGACAGUUGAAAGGUCAGAGUUCACCACCGUGUCACAUGAGAAGGUGACGGAGCUGAUUACCCAGGAUGCACCGCCAAAGAGAGAGGAAUCGUGCGGCCUGGAUGAAGCUGUGAGCGACCUAUCACAGUGGGCCUUCCCCGACGGUCAAUUUGCCACCAAACUGUCACCUGGAUCUCUUGCCGUGAGCCCGGCUGAAGAGGAGGAGGAGGAGGAGGAGGAGGAGGAGAUAGGAGGGAGCCAGGGGAUUGCUGAGACGGCACAGUCUACAGGACCUACGAAACCCGAGGCUGUGCCAGCAGUGGAGUCGACCACCAAGGAGGUACCUGUCGUCCACACGGAGACUAAAACCAUCACGUACGAGUCUUCAGAGGGUGACUACAAUGGCGACAUGGAACCCGGCGUUCUGAUGAGCGCACAGACCGUCACCUCGGAGACCACCAGCACCACCACGACCACGCACAUCACUAAGACUGUGAAAGGAGGGAUCUCUGAGACCAGGAUAGAGAAGAGGAUUGUCAUUACAGGAGAAGCAGGAGAUAUCGACCAUGAUCAGGCUCUUGCCCAGGCCAUAAAGGAGGCCAAAGAGCAGCACCCUGACAUGUCAGUGACCAAAGUAGUGGUUCAUAAAGAGACAGAGAUCACACCUGAGGGAGAGGACUGACCCAGGAGUAAAGCCCAGGACCGUUUUUAAAUCCCCUGGUGGAAGGGACUCCCCUCAAACCUCCAGCAUCCAACUCCCAACGUCAUGAUGGGUUUCAUUACAUUACUGUGCCUGCCUGCUGGGCCUGUUGUAAACUACAGUGGAGACUACACAGGCCAGCCUAUUGUUCUACAGACAGUCUUGUUCUAUAGAAAUACAAUCUAUAGGAGCGGGCUUCCCCUGUUCAAGUCAAUGACGGCGUAAUAGAUUCUAAUUCUAUGCUCUGCGCUCUCUAUGGUGCCGUUCCUAAUCUGAGCUCCAUGUGCUUACCUUGGCUUUACUGCCUAAAGUCAAAAAGAGGUAGUUAAGAUUUAUGCCUAUCGUCAGUCCCAUCCGUCAUUCUAAAAAAAAUCAAAUGUAUAUUUGCAUGAGCAGAAUGCCGCAAUUAUUAUAAUGAAAAUAAUUAUGAUCAAGAUUUACUGUGAGAUAAUUAACAAACAGGCCUAUUAAAUCACUUGAACUCUCGCUGAACUCUACAACAGGCAGGUUGAUUUCAUUCACCGUCUUGCUAUCUAUUUAAGAUUAUAUUAUAAACAGUCUUUUCUUUUUUGGUCAGCGUUCUUUAUUUUAUUUAUGAAAUGAAAAUCCAUCACUCCGAGAGGGAGAAGAAAAAAAAGAAGUUAAACUGUGUGACCUAUUAGAGCCACACAACAAUAUUAUUAUUCUAAUGACUUUUAGUAGAUGGUAGAAGUGCCGACCUCACUGCCACCCCACUCCCCUCCCAUCGUCUCGAAUAGAAAUACAUUUUAAAUCCACUUUUACAACAAAGUCCUGUGUGUGUUGUCCUGGGCAACAGCAACUGCAAACAAAGGCAGGUUAUAUUGUCUAUAUUCAGCAACAAAUUAGUUUAUUCAUGUUGUAUUGUGUAUUUUUUUUUUUUGUCUGAACAUUUUGUCAGUUAUUCUUUAUUCAAACAUUGUAGCAUAUUUCAAAAUAUGCCUGUGUCCCAGAUCGGCUUGUCCUCGUGGCAACUCUAUUAUCACCCAUUGAGUGACAUGGAGAUGGCAUGAUGGCACUAUCCGACUGGCACCCAGGCUAUAUUUGAGACGGUUGACAGAUUGUUUUUAAAAACACUUUCUAGAUGGGGGGGGGGGUUACAUAGUUUGUGCCCAGGCUAUGUUUGAGACAAUGACAGUCUGUUUUUAAAAAACACUUGUCUCAAUGUGGGUUUUACUUGUAUUGUUGUGAUCUAUCUGCCAUAAUGAACACAAAUGGUAUACAUUCUCCUCUGUAUUAAUUAAUGGCUGGACUACAGUUCCCACAAUGCUGUGUGCGACUGACUGAAAGGCCCAGGACUCAAACUAACAAGACUGCUCUGUCCAGAUUAACAUAUUUUGGUCUGAAAUAGCACCCUAUCCUCUAUAUAGUGCACUACUUUUGACCAGAGCCAUAUGGGAUUCACUAUAAAGGGGAUAUGGUGCUAUUUGUGACUCAUCCAAAGACAAGUAUUUGAUCAGAUCUGUCAGUCAAUCAGGUGAAUGUCUCAGAAGCCGUAAUAGUUGUGUUCUACCAGUAUCAUAGUUGCUUCUAGACACUGAUCUUGGGUCAGUUUUGCAUUUUCCCUACUAUGGCUAAGGUUGGGAUUGGGUGGGGGGGUCUAAUGUUGAAUUGAACCUUUAUUGUACUUGGCAAGUAAAUUUAAGAAAGAAAAAAAUCUUAUUCACAAUGAUGGCCUACCCCAGCCAAACCCUUCCACAAACCUAGACGACGCUGGGACUCCCGAUCACAGCCCGUUUGUGAGACAGACCCGGGUCUGUAGUGACGCCUCCCUUAGACCUCUGUGAUCCUAGAUCGGUACCUAAAGGUAAACUUCACCCCAGAGCCAGUAUCAUCAAUAUAUAACUAUAUAUAGCUACAACCAAUCAUGAUGUUCCAACACCAACAGUACGUGGAAUUAUACAAAGUGGCAAAUGCAUAUUAUUGUCAUUUUUCUUUUUGCUUUUCUUUUUGAAUAAAAUAUUGAUUAUAUUAUUCUGAA